CCGAGUGCUGCCGGCAGCGAUGGCGGCGGAGCGCGCGCUGGCCAUGGCGACCUGCACGGCCCCCGUGAACAUCGCCGUGAUCAAGUACUGGGGCAAGCGAGACACCGACCUCAUCCUGCCCAUCAACUCCUCCCUGAGCGUGACGCUGCACCAGGACCAGCUCAAGACCACCACGACGGCGGCCGCCAGCCGGGAUUUCACGGAGGACCGGCUGUGGCUCAACGGGAAGGAGGCGGACGUGGGGCACCCGCGGGUCCAGGCCUGUCUGCGAGAGGUGCGGCGCCUGGCUCGGAAGCGCCGCGGGGGCGGUGAGGACACGGCAGCGCUCAGCCUCUCCUACAAAAUCCACAUCGCCUCCGAGAACAACUUCCCCACGGCCGCCGGGCUCGCCUCCUCCGCCGCCGGCUACGCCUGCCUGGUGUCGGCGCUGGCCCGGCUCUACGGGCUGGAGGAGGAGCUGUCCGAGGUGGCCCGGCGGGGCUCGGGCAGUGCCUGCCGCAGCAUGUUCGGGGGCUUCGUGCAGUGGCAGCGCGGGGAGCGCCCCGAUGGCACCGACAGCCUGGCCCUCCAGGUGGCCCCCGAGACGCACUGGCCGGAGCUCCGCGUCCUCGUCCUGGUGGUCAGCGGGGAGAAGAAGCCGGUGGGCAGCACGGCGGGCAUGCAGACCAGUGUGGAGACCAGUCCCCUGCUGAAGCACCGGGCAGAGGUGGUGGUCCCCGAGCGCCUGGCCCAGAUGAUGCAGCACAUCCGGGACCGUGACUUUGAGGGCUUUGGCCAGCUGGCCAUGAGGGACAGCAACCAGUUCCACGCCACCUGCCUCGACACCUUCCCGCCCAUCUUCUACCUGACGGACGUGUCCCGCCACGUCAUCGCGCUGGCACACCGCUACAACGCCCACCACGGCCACACCAAGGUCGCCUACACCUUCGACGCCGGCCCCAACGCCGUCAUCUUCGCGCUGGCCGACACCGUGGCCGAGUUCGUGGAGGUGGUGAGGCGCAGCUUCCCCCCGGCCACCAACGGGGACCAGUUUGUCCGGGGGCUGCCCGUGGGCCCGGCCGCGCUGCCGCGGGAGCUGGAGGGCGCCGUGCUGGCCGAGCCCGUGCCGGGGGCUGUGCAGUACAUCCUGCACACCAAGCCUGGCCCCGGUCCCCAGCUCGUGGAUGACCCCAGCCAGCACCUGCUGGGCCCGGAUGGGCUGCCCCGGAGCCGUGCCUGACCCCGGUGACACUCGGGGACAGCCGGGACACGCCGGGGGGACUCUGCCGGUGCCACCAGCGAGCCUCAGGACCCUGAGCCAGGCCUGCUGCAAAGCUGUCCCCAGCCCUGGGGCAGGAUGUCACCCCGGGGCUGGUUUUUAAUCUUUUGUAAAGAAAUAGAGGGUUCCUGGUUCCAGUGCUGUUUGGGGUGUC